AGCUCCGCUUCAAAGACCAUACAUGGACUGAAAGAUGAGGUAUCUUGUCUGUAGCUUGGACACUUUGAAUGUUGCUUCUUUUUUAACAAAAAUUGAAAUGUUUUAUAGGACAAGCCUAAAUCAACAGAUAUAGCUUGUCUUCUUUGAACUAGCUUCCGCCUUUUCUGCAGAAGUUAUUUUUGUAGUACUUGUCAACAAAUUACCGUAGGGUACUCCACAAUGGAAAGAACGUUAAAGAACAAUUUUGAAAGUCUACAUUUUAUUUAGCGUACAUUAACAUAUUCAAAGCAGAAGAAUUUUGGAACCUCUGCAGGAUUAGCUCAGUUGGUAGAGCGUUUGUCUGCAGAGCGGGGUGUUCCCGGGCCAGGACCAAUACUAACGGUCUUAAAAUAACUGAAAAAUGAACGCUGAAACCUCGCAUGGCCCGGAUAACCACGGCAACUGCGGUCCCGUCUCCAAUAAAGACGUAAAAAUAGUUCCCCCAAUUCGUGCUUUUAAGUAUUAAAAUACAUUUACACUCAAAUGAAGCGUAUUUUUAUUUUUAUUUUUAUUCUUUUGGUCUUUAGUAUGAAAUGCUAACGAGAGUUUUUCAAACCUGCAGGUCGCUUAUUACAAAUCAUCUUACCAGAAAGCCACCGAAGAGUAAGUAAGACAUUCUUAGGUAGAAUAAAUCCUCAAAGUUUCUGUUUUGUACAGUUAGCUUAAAAAUCUGGCAGAAUGGAAGUAGGAUUUUAUUCUUCGACAAAAAACGGAAUAUAGGCACAAGGAACAUGUCUGCAUGCAUGAGAAACGUAUUUCAAUCUUGAAGUUGAGUUCAAAUUUCUCGACAAUGCAAGUUUGUAAUAAAAAAUAUCCGUUAAUAUAGUUAUGACGGUUGUCUUCGAUACAAUACUGAAUCUUCUCAGAAUUACAGAUUAAUGGUAUGUUGCUUCCGUUUAGCCUUGAUUAUGUGAAGUCAGGAGUUUUUGGCGUUACUUUCAAUCUCGUCAGUGUCCGUGAAACUGACCAAAAGCAUCGAAGCUCUGGAAACGAUAAUGCAACAAUUAUAUAAACAAUAAUGAUAUGAUAAUAAUAUAUCUAGCAGGCUUUACGAGGUUGAUUCGAGGCUCACUAUGUACGUGGUACACUAUUUUACUAUCAUUUGACGAUCGCGUUGUUUUUAUGGAAACAUUUUGUGACCAUUCUUUCCUAAUAGUUUUCAUCCAGACUGAGGAAGACCCACUGUUGUAUACGGUCGAAAAAAAAGUUGUUCUGAAGAAUUGUUAGUAUUUGUAUAACAUACGUCGUGCACGUUCUGUCUUCCUGAAUAGUGUUUUUAAUAAUAAUGUUUUUUUUUUUAGAUGUUUUGUCAGUUUAGGCGUUGCUGAUCAAGAGCAACGUUCUUUGGCCCAGCGGUGUGAAUUGUGGAAGAAAAGCUCUCAGAGAAAAGAUUUGGUUUGUCAACGUUUAGAGAAAGAGAAAGCCGUUCUUUCUAAGAAGAUUCAGGUGGAGAAUAAUUACUUGAUUUUUUCAACUGAAUAAGUAUAGCUUUCAUUUAUGGCUAUAAGUACAUCCCUCUUUACUGGCUAUGAAAAACUGGAAGUUAGUAAGAUUAGUUUGCUAAAAUAAGUCGGUAGGCCUGGCUUCUUAGUGCUUAAAAAAACUUUGAAGAGUUGAUCACACAUACAUAUUAUUUGAAAUCAAGAGACUAUAAAGGGGACAGAGAGGGCAUCCCCCAUAUACACCCUAUUCCAUAGGUAAUUCGUCUCGAGUUAUUUUUAGAAUCGGUAUAAAGUUACCUCGCGCGAGGCGUGGAUGUUUCGUGGAGGUUUCGCGUGACCAAACGCCGUGCAAAACAUGUCGGGCGAGAGGCAAUGAAAGCGUAAAAAGAUCGAGAGCAUUCCUGAAUAUUGAAGCGAAAUGAGUCGGCGCUCACCUGGGAAAAAGGAAUCGCUGGACUCUUGGACAACCCGUGAAAUCAGUUUAACUCGAAGUUGUCGUAACCUCAGUGCUUUAAUAAAAUGAGAAAUUUCGCCGGUCUAUUGAAACCGGUCGUUUGUACAAUUUAGGGAGUUUAAGAUCCAACGACGCGGACGACAACUAGAACGUCAAAAAAACAAUAGGUUUAAUUAGCAAAACAACAACUUCGCACGUGCAACACACUUUUUUGUUCAUUUCUUUCCCGUUUUUGCACGACUACGACGUGAAAAUGCCUAAUUUCGCGUUUUAUGGAGGACGUAAAUAAGCAACGACGAAAUUUUAUUUCUCUUUCUGAGCUUGAAUAUGGUCCCUUGAAAUUCAGCUUUAGGAGGGUUCGCCUACAAUUGACAAAGUAAGUGGGUAGGAAUAAUCGCUAUAAAGACUGAAAAAAAUAAACAUCAAACCAGAAAUUGCUCUCUUCAAACUGUAAAUUAUAAAUGAUCCUGAGAGAAUAUUCAGUGUGUUAAGGAUUUCCCUGCUCUACUGUUAGCUCUAUACAAGAGAGGAAGGGCGAUUCUUUUUUAAUUUCGGUUUCGCUGACACAGCUUUCGCAGAAAUCUCGCUGUAGUCGUUUUCGUCGACAGAAGGAAUAGCAAAAUCGCUCUCCGCGUCUUCCCCUAAUUUGUUCUGCGUCAUUUCGUGAAGGACGCGUGGCUCUCAGCGUGGGUCAUCCACGCGAAACACAUUCGAGCUAUGUGAUUGGCUGUUGUCUGAUCCCCCUUGAGAUCUGUGGUGUUAAAAAUAACUCGAGACGUUUUACCUAUGGAAUAGGGUGUAUAUGGGGGAUGCCCUCUCUGUCCCCUUUAUAGUCUCUUGUUGAAAUCUAUGACAUUAGCGAAAUUGCGGCAAUCUUUGAUGCGGCAGCUUUUUUUUGAAUUGUCAGAAAUGAAGGAUGUAAAGUACCCGAAAAAAGUAUGAAUAGACUUAAUUUACCGUGACAGUAUUUGGUUAGAAGAACACACUAGGUGAAAAGAGGAUGCUUCUUUUUUGUUGUAUAUGAAUAAUUGACCAAUCAGAGAGCGCGCUUUACCCUGUAUUAAAAUUAACUGAAACUUAUUUUAAUAUUCUUUUCUUUUGAUUGCAUUAAGGGUGUAAUCAAAAUGGUGUACAUCGAAAUUUGUUUGGAUGCUUUGUGUUUUGUAGUUAUUUGUUAGUUACUAUCUAAGAGUGAAAAGUUAAUAAAAGCUGUUAGAUUAAUUGAAUUUACUUGUUCUUCGCAUCUCAAGUGGUUUAAGACCUGGGACUAAGGCGUUUACUUUAGGAAAAUGAAUUAGCUCUAACUUUGGCAUAGAUGAUGGCGCUGAGUCAAAAAUAGGCACACAUAAAGAACUCAUUGUUCUUAACAUUUUAAAGUAUAAACAUUGUGUUAAUAAGUCACGUGAUAUGUUACGUGACCACUUUGCUAAAAAUUGUAAAUUAUUGACCAAUUGGUGGCCGGUUUAAGAAAAGAAAUCGGGAAAAAACAUUUUUCUAAUUUAUAUUAAAUAUUUCUAACACUUCACGUUUGGAAUGAGAAAAGUUCAUUUUGUUCUAGCUAGGUCUCCUAGCGAGAGAUAUUGCCAAUUAUUCAUAUGCUCAGAACACAUCUUUGACCCAGGCCUUAAACCCAUUGAGAUAGAGGGUACCAGCGAUGUACAAACGGAGGAUGACCUCUCCAUAACAUAGAGAAAAUUUGAAGAACACUUUUUUUGACACGAACCUCGAUCUUAAUCCUAACUUGAUCCCUCUCUUUUUUAUGUUUUAGUCUGAGAAGGAAGCAAAGAUUCAACUGCAAGAGUAAGGAACUUGCUUUGUCAACUUUGGCCGCCACCAAAUACGGUCUACAGAAACUUUAGAAAUCUUAAUAUUUCGGACACCAAGUUGUUAAUAUAGACCUUUAGCCUGGGCUAAGAGUGCAUAUUUUAUAAGAAAGUUAUUGUCCUUUAGUCUAAAGGACAUCCAGGAUACAAAUCGGUCACUUCUGGCUUUUUCUUAAACCUUUUGUGCAGUUAGAUAACCGUUUCUCGAGUAAAAUUCCAAAAGUGGGCGAUCAACUUACUUGUUAUUAAGACGAUUAGCGAAGGCUGUCGGAGUCGUAAUAUUAACACAAAGGUUUAUGAUCUGUAGUGAAACCAGCAUUUCGAUUAAACUUACAACGCUACCGAUCACAACAUAGUUGAAAUCAAUUUGUCGGAGUGGUAAGCAAAGGCGGAUGAACUAAAUCAAUCAAAUUAUAUGGAAUAUAUGGUCUAUAUGGUAACAAAAUUGAUAACCAAUAUUUUGCACGUACUAUCUGAGUUAUUCUUCCGCCAGCUAAAAAAUGCUCACCCAAACGGACGGACAAGAUAGAAGUGUUGAUUUUUAUAAAGAAAUAGGCUUAUUUUCGUGAACAUAACGGUCCCAAAUUCCGAAGUAGUCUAGUUACAUGUAUUUUAUUCAUAAAGAAAAUUAAAGGCCUUCGCUACCCAGAUCCCACAGGUCUGUAAGUUUGACCGUUAGGGAUAUGGAUGCAAGAUGUUUGAAGACCAGUACAAGUCUAAGGGUAACACGUAGGUAGACAUGUCAUUUAUUUACCUUUUUUUUUACCCUUCUUAGAAAUUACGAUAAUCUUAGGGACGACUUAGCUGCAUUUAAGAAGCAAGUUGAACUCCUCAAAGAACAGGUGGGUGAAUAAAAAUUUUAAAUCUGUGUUUAAUUUUCUUUCGAAAGUUUUUCCUCAGGAAAAUGUCCCCGGUUUAACAUUAUCUUAUGAGGUACGGGUUGAGUUGAGCAAGGAAAAAUUGUUUUCAAAAAGAAUCCAUUAGACUGUUCCGCUUUUUAAAAUUGUACCAGUUGUACAGACAUAGUACAAUACGUUUUAAAUUAUUGAUUUAAGUUGCUCUCUCGUUUUCAGAAUUAUAAUCUGCGAUAUUAUGGAGGAGUAAUUGGAAAAUUCCGAAGAAUGAAACGCUUCAUCGUAAAUGCGUUUCGAAGAUCUUCAUCUUAA